CAUUGUAUGUUUUGAAACAUAACAGAAAUGCCGAAUUAUUUAGUUGUUUUAAUACUGUCUGUAUUUGUUUUGCAUGGUGCUUUAUAUGUACAUAAAGUGGAACAAAAAAUUGUCCAAAUAACAGACGAGUUACUUCAACACGGAAAUGAAAUAAAGAAAGUGAAAGAAGAAUUUGAAUCGACCAACAAGGCACUAACACAAGUGAAAGUAGAAUUGGAAUCGUCGAGAAAGGAACUUAAACAAGUGAAAGUAGAAUUGGAAUCGACGAAAAAGGAAGUUACACAAGUGAAAGUAGAAUUGGAAUCGACGAAAAAUGAACUUCAACAAGUGAAGGUAGAAUUGGAUUUGACGAAAAAGGAGGUUAAACAAGUGGAAAUAGAAUUAGAUAAGAUUAAAAAAGAACUUCACACACAAAGACCUGGGUUUUAUGCAACUCUGUCGUCCUAUAUUACUUCAGCCGAGGUGAAGUCAGGUACUCCGGAAUGUUCAACAGUUUCUAAUCAACUAGACGACAGACAAUUACCGUGA